AUGUUUGUCUCGAUAAUUCAACAUAUCAGUUCUCAAUUAGUUUUGGAUCAAAAUGUUGUUGCUUCUAUAAAAUGGAUAAUGUAUCAAUAUUCAAUACCUUUGAAUUCAAAUGGAUUUAAUUGCAGUACUUUAGCAGAAGGUUAUUACUUUGAUCCUUUCAUAUGUUCACCUUCUCCAACUAAUUCUUCCGAGGAGAUUGUUACUCAAUUCUUAGUUGUAUUUGACAAUCUAAUAAUGAAAGAUGGUUUUCCAAAAUAUAUUCCUUUCAAUUCUUUAUUUUGUUCAGCUUGCUCUAUUUCUCCAUAUGUUCCAAAUUCAGCACUUACACAUAUGGGAGGUCUCACCUGUGAUGGUGAUUCAAUUGUUGACUUUGAUCAGAAUUCCUUAUACCCAAAUCUAUCUUCAAUAGAGGAGAAUUUCCCAGUAUUGAUUAUAUUUAACAGUAAAAUUUCAUAUAUGGACAAUAGUAUAAUUACUUUUGAUACAAAUUCCAUACUUUAUAUCAAUGUUUAUCAUCCUGCUCGUAACACCACUAUUUCCUUAGGGAGAGCAGCCAAUCUCAUAGGAUUAGAUUUCCGUAACGUAAGAGGUAGCGUUGAAAAAGCAAAAAAUUUACAAAAAUUAUUCCUCACCUAUCAAAAUCUUACUAGUUGGCCUCCAAUUUCUUGGUUUUCAACCACCAUGAAUGUUCAAAUAGAUUUGAGUAAUAAUCUAUUAGAAGGAAACAUUCCAGACUAUAGUAGUCUGUUUCUUGGAGAAUUUAAUAUUAAAAACAACCCUGGUAUUAAUGGUAGUAUUCCUGAUUAUAUAUGCCUAGUACAAUUCAUCAAUUUCUUAAAUACUUCCAUAACAGAGGCACCAGAUUUAAUUCAAUUUGACAAAACUAAUUUCAUAUUUUUUGGUAACUUUUCUCCAUAUGCGCUUACUAUCACUGGUAAAAAUCUUGGCUUUAAAGCGCCUCCAUCCACACAUAUGGUGAGGGCAAACACUGAAUUUUUAUAUGCAGUAGACCAUGUAAAGGCAGGAAAUGUUACUCUAACGUUUAAUAAUAAAACACAAACAUUUACAUGGUAUACAGAUGUAACACAAAUUAGUUAUCCAAACUUUAAUCCAGUCAUGUUACCAAAUGUGACUUAUAAUCUUGGAAUUUUCGGUACUUUCGAUACCACUUUGACUUAUUCAGUUUCAGUUAAUUUACAACUCUGCGAGAACAUUCAAGUUCAUAACAGUUCAUACAUUGAUUGCCAAAUAAAUAUUUUAAUAGGAAAAAGUCAAAAUUUCGAAACAGUAUUAAUUAGAGUUAAUUUUUCGAUUAUAGCGAAUAUUAUAGUUACAUCUUACUCACCUAUUAAUCGUAAUGGUGGUGCAUUCCACAUCGAUGGACACUUUGAAUCAAACCCCAACAUCACUGUCAGUGUUUACCUAGACUAUAAAGAAUGUAAAGAUAUAGUAAAAAGAAAUUUAACCAUCGAUUGUAAUGUCGCUGGUCCUCUGACAGUUGGAUAUGUACCUCUAUUGGUUACUGUUGGCGAUGGUUCAUCUCUAACAACUGUUAAAGUUGAUGAUGCUGUCAUACCAAAUGAUUGUGGUGAAGCUGACAAAUGUUCAGGUAAUGGAGUUUGUUUAGAGAAAAAAUGUAAAUGCAAUGAAGGAUAUGGUGGAUAUUACUGCGAUCUCAAACUUGGAAAAGGUACGAUUGUUACCAACUUGACGACACCUUCAGCUUCAUUCGUUGCAGAGAAUGUGCAGUUCGAUUUCAACAUCUAUUCGAUUCAGGAGGUUGACAGUUCAGACAAUGUCGUAAAGGAGUUGAAUGUUACCCAAUGGAGAUUUAGAAACGACACCGAAGGUGAAAUCACCAAUCUCUACUACUACCUCAAUGUAUCGUAUCCCAAUGUGACAACGAUGAUUCAAUACUCGCCAAAAGAGAGAACCGUUGAAUUCGCCGGAAUCACAUCGUAUCUCCCACCGAAUUCAUUGAAGGUUUCGAUCACUAUUACCGGUUGGCUAUUCCAAUCAAAUCUCAAUGUCCUCCGGGUGGUAUUCAACACUAAGAUUGAAGAUCAAUUCGACGAGUGUGGAGAUAAGCUCGAUAUAUUUGGAACUGAUAUCAACAACGAUUUGAAGUACCUGAGGAUCACCAAGGACAAAACAGUUUUCUACGGUUCGUUCCUCGAUAGAAUCAUGUCGGAUGGCAAACCAACCGCCACUAGAAAUCAAGUGAUUAGCACCGACAAAGAGACAGGAAUGACACUGAUAGGAAUUCAACUUCCACAGUGUUACAACUGUAUUAUCGACCCAAAUUUUUCAGUGCUCGUUGAAAAUGGAGGGGAAUGUGAACACCAACCAAUUUCACCUAUCAAACUAUUCAAUAGUAAUAAUAAAUUUAAACAACAAGAAUUACAUAGAGUUGUUGAACGUAUGUUUGUAUUGAUCAUUAUCGCCAACAUAACUUGA